GUCAAAGUCAGUUCUGUCAUCCGUCACUGUCAUAUUGAUACGAAUUUAAUUGAAGGUGUUUGUUUAGCAAGAGAUAAAAUAAAAUUAUAAUUAAAAAAGUCGAGUUCCUAGUUUUAGGUAGACAACAAAUUAGGUUUUAUAUAUGCCUAGCAUUUAAGCAUCGGAACAAUGGGUUCUUUAUUCGGUAAGCAUAAAAAACCUGCAAGCAGAGUGACUGAACAAGAUAAGGCUGUUCUUCAGUUAAAGCAACAGAGAGAUAAGUUAAAACAAUAUCAGAAGAAAAUAGAACUCAAUCUCGAGAGAGAUAGGCAAUUAGCUAAGAAACUUUUAGAUGAAGGAAAACGUGAUAGAGCAAAAUUGCUUUUGAGAAAGAAGAAAUAUCAAGAGAAACUGUUACAAAAUACUGAUAAUCAAUUGGAAAAAUUAGAACAGCUUACUCAUGAUUUGGAAUUCGCACAAGUUGAAGUCCAGGUUCUGGAUGGCUUGAGAGUUGGAAAUGAAGCACUGAAAAAGGUGAACGAAAUCCUAAAUAUUGAUGAAAUUGAAAAGAUUUUGGAUGAAACUAGGGAAGGCAUAGAGAAGCAGAAGGAGAUAGAUGAACUUAUUUCUGGACAACUGACUGAAGAGGAUGAUGAUGCAGUUGAAGCUGAACUGGAGGCCAUACUGGAUGUGGGAGACCAGCUCCCAGAUGUGCCCACAGAGGACUUGCCUGAAGUUGCAAAAGAAAGAGAACCAGAAAAACCUCAGAGAGUCAAGAAGACUCCAGUGAAAAUAGCUGCGGAGGCCUAAGUCAACCUGUGCAUUAUGUACAUAAGCUUUAAUAUAUAAUAUAUUUUUGAAUCAGUCCACUUUUAA